CUCUUUUUAGAGCUCAAGCGGCAUCUGCGCAUAUAAACCACCAAUACCCACAAACCAUGAGCACGAUCGAAGCCAGCUCGGAGCGCUCGUCAUGGAAGACCGAGAACCCCAAUCAGGCGCGUGAUGCCAUCUCCUGGGACGCAUACACUAGCGGUCUCAAGGCAGGCGCUGUCGCCGCCGUAUUAGCCGCGGGAGCGGUGUACUCUGCAAACAAACACUGGCCGGCUUUCCGCAACCGCCUGAACGUGAGUGGCAAGACCGCACUGGUGGUGUCGCCCUUCCUCGCAGCCUUCACACUUGAGGCUGAGACCCGUUUGAUGCACGGAGCACGCAACCCAGAAAUGUACCUUGCCACAAUGGACGGCACGUACGUGGAAAAGGAAGAGAAAGUGUCGCAGCUCAAAUUCUGGCAGAAGAGUGCCAACUUCCUGUAUGACCACCCGUAUCGCGCUCUGAUCACCGUUGGUGUGCCGCUGGUAGGCGGAAUCUAUAGCUACCAGCACCUGAACAAGGGCAUCUCCACUUCGCAGCAGAUCAUGCACACGCGUAUCUACGGCCAAGCGGCUGUAGUCGUUAUGCUGUUGAGCUCUAUGGCCUUCCACGACUACAUGGCGAAGCGCGGCAAGUUCACAGUCGAGGAUAAUGAGGACUAAAGCGAAUUCAGGAUAUUGUAGAUGACAGCUCGAGACGGAUCAUACUCACCCCUCGAUGGCAGAGGCUUUUUUGUAAGUCUCACUUUGUCUCCAUUUCGAAAAGAUUUUCCAUUUUGCAGGCUCGACUACCCAAAAGUUGACCAAAAUAAAGUGAUUUUUUAUUGUA